GUCGAGGUGCGGUACAGUACUGUUCGUCACAGGUAGCAACCGAACUCCGAGGAGACUGACCCCAUUUGAUAUCAAAUUGAAAACAAUGUUGUCAUGAAACGGCUUUUCAAACGAAAGAAGAAACACUCACAGGAGUCUCCAUCCGACCUCUCAUCUGUAACUCGAAACACGAAAGCGACAAGUUCGCCAACUAAUGGGCAUCUAAAUGUUUCUGACGUCGACGAGGCUGGGUAUUAUAGUGUUGUACGAAAUGUAAAGGGGGGCAGAGUUUCGAGCGCUCGUCAGAGAGCCGAUAGACAUUCUAGUGGACACGAGAAAGGAAACUCACUCGUAUUGGAAACAGAACGUUUGAAUGCUCACACCGCGGAUAAACGACCGCGACUGGACAGUCCUGUCGAGGGCAGGAAUGCGGAAGCACGGGUUGCUAGAAAUACUGCACCGCUGGUUUCAGACAAAAGUGCAACUGAACCUCCUUAUGCCAAAGUUAAGAAAAUUAAAAGCAAGAAGGUUGGAAAGAAUUUGGUAUUUCCGAGCAGUCCUAGUGGACGUCCUUCAGAUGCUCAAGCAUUAUCAGUUGGCGACGACAGAUUAUUGAGUAGAGAUGGGGGAGGACCAUCGAGGCAGUUACAGCAGAGGUCAGAGAGAGGAAGCUUGGUGACAGGCUUGGAUGAUUGUGGAAAUCAUACAGUGUCGGGAGUUAAGGGCGAUCUCAUUAGAAGUAGGGAAACGUAUAGUCCUGCACAUGUUGGAAAGCUUGAAAUUGUUCGGCAAGGAAACUCGUUUAUUGUUGAGAAUGACGGUGAUUUUGACAGACAGAAGCCAUCGAAGAAUGCUCAUUAUGAUAUACUAGAGCAGGAUUACUCGAUCUCGGAGUCUUCGGCGGAUGUAUUUCACGAGGAGACAGAAGAAAAAGUGUUAGGAAAGGCUCAUUCUGAGGGAGAGAUUUCCACACUUGGACGCAACUCUCAAGUUGAGAAUCGCUACAAUCGUUUCGUUUCCAGCCAAUCUGUUGAACAUUCACUGCAUGAGCAACAAUUGGCUCAUUACGAUCAUAUUCAUGCCGCAGACUCGGAGCCUCUUAAGACCACAUUUGACAGAAGUUCGUAUCAGUCGGCUUCUCUUAGCCGUCCACAGACUGAAUUCCACACUUAUUCGCAUUCGCCAAAUUUUCACGUCUCUCCUAGACAGCGAAACUCAAGUCCGGGUGAGCAGACAACAGCAUCUGCACCAGACUCUUACAGUCCUGUAUCCCCCAAAGUGUCUUUAAACAACAGAAGCAAACAGUUUGACGAUACAUGGGACGACGGUGCACUACAACUUUUGCACUUGUCGAAUACCUCACUAAUCAGUGCCAAGCGGAAGGCCAGUGAAAUGGAUGCCGUUCACUCAAUCACAACAAGACAAAAUCAAGAUCAGAAAAGCCACGAGCUUUCAGCACAAUUGACGGCCGUUCGGCAAGUUGUUGCUGAACUACAAGUUGAGAACGAGACUCUCAAGGAACUUAGCUCAUCUGUUCAAGAAGACAGCAGUACUUUAGCUUUCUUGAAAAGAGAAAAGUCAGCACUCGACAAUGACAAUAGACAGCUAAGAGACAUGGUUCACAGAUUGGCGGUCGAACUAACUCGCUAUCAAUCUCGACAUGCUGGCCCUUCAGUUGGCACAAACGUCAAGUCUCCAUCAAGAGAGACAGUUGGUGCUGCACAGGUCGUCUUUACUGCAUACGACGAGAGAUUGAAAGAGAAAGAUGAUCUCUUGAGCAAUUACGAAAAUCAUUUGAAAUCACUGAAACAGCAAAUUGCUGGAGUUUCUGAGGAAAACAGACGUCUAACCAAAAGAGUCAAAGAGCUGACAAUUUCACAGCCAAUCACAAGCAACGAAUGGUCGAAGAUUCAAGACGAAGUGAAAGUUGUAGUGGAGGAGAACUCAUUGCUGAUGGAAGAACGAGAGAUACAACAACGAAAAAUGAAAGCACAGCUGACUGCUAAAGAGAAGGAAGUUACGGAAUUGUCUGAUCAAAUCUCGUCUUUGGAAGAUGACAAGAAAGAGCUUCAAGAUGAGAUUAAAAUACUGACUCAGAAAUGUGAUGAGUUGAAGGAGAGAUGUGAACGGUUGACCAUCGAGCGCUUGGAGAGGAUGCCAAUCGAAGAGCAUCUGGCUUCAAUUGAGGAAUGCCACAGGGUCACUCAGGAUGUGGAGAGACGCUGCAAAGCCAAGUCAUCGAAUGCAUUUGCGAGACUGCAGGCCGUACAAACAGAAAAGCAGUCACUAGAAGUUAAAAAAGCAGAAGCUGCCGAACAUGUCGCUCGUCUGCAAGCAAAUGUUGCUGCAAGUAGAAGAGCUCAAGAGAGAUGCCAACGUGAAAUUGCUUCACUACGAAAGAAACUCGUUGCACGUAAAGAGCGAGAGAUCAGUUUAGUCGCUUUACUGCAAAAAGCCGUUGAAGCCGCUGAAAAGGCACAAGCUGAGCGAAACGCAGUCGGAGAGUUGGCGCAAGAAAGGGAGAAAGCGGUCGGUGCCGCAACAACUCUGCUGCGGGAAGAUGACACAACUAUUGGCAGACUGGAAGAGAAAUUGAAGCGUCAGCAAGCACUAGCGAACAAGAAGCUUAAUCAAGCUGCAGUGAAAUUGAAGGAUCGUGACAAAGAGCACCAGAGCCGGCAACGUGAAUACCUAGAAGAAAUACGACACUUACAGGUGCUGCUGCGAGACAAACAGAGACAGUUGGAAAGCAUGGCGUCCGAGAAAAGGAACAUCGAAACCCAGAUGUCGUUGGUCAUCAAGUCCGUACGUUCCGACAACAACGCAGUACGGGCAUCACUCCGCAGGCAGCAAGGCAGCAGGCAAGAAGGAACAAAUUCAGACACGGACGACACAGCAUGA